AUGAAGAAACUUGGAAAGAUAAAGAAUGAGCCCAAGGUUGAGAAGAAUUUGGUUCUGAAGGCCACUAAUGAAACCCUUAGUACUGAGGAUGAAGAGACUGCUUACAUUGCUAAGAGAGUUAUCAAGGCCUUGAAGAAAUUUGGAGCCAUCCCCAAAAAAGGAGAAUUUAGUAAGUACAUCAUAGAUGGGAAGGCAAAUGAUACCUGUCAUAAGUGUGCAAAUCCUGGACACUACAUCAAAGACUGUCCUAUGCACAUGAUAGAAUACAAAGAAUAUGCCAAGCAGAAUAGUGAGAAGGAAAAAGGUAGGAAACAGGUUCAAGAAAGGUUUAGCAGAAAAGUUGAAGUUGAUAGAGUGGCUAUGUACCUAGUUACAGUAAGGGCCGAGCUUUAUAAAGCUAUGAAUUGGACCACUUCAUCUGAUACCUUGUCAAGUAUUAUCAGUCAAAGUCACGCAAAUGAGUCAUAUCCUGCAAGAGCUGCUGCUUUAAAGGAGAUAAAAGAAUCUUUUCUUAAAAAGGGAAGAUGUGGUAGAGCUAAAGAAAGUAGCAAUCACUGGGUCCUGAAUAGUGGCUAUUCAAGGAAUAUGAUAGGGAAAAUUGAAAACUUUCUCUCGCUCGAAGCUCAUGAAGGAGGCAGUGUCUCCUUUGGUGAUGGAAGCAAAGACUAUAUUGUUGGAAUUGGAAAAGUUGGGAACAAUUUGAAUAAAGCAAUUGAUUAUAUCAGUUUUGUUAAUGGACUCAAGUUUAGCUUGUUAAGUGUUUCUCAGAUCUAUGACAAGGGAAAUGAAGUCAGAUUUAGUGGUGGUCUUGUUGGUGGUAUCAGUGGUCUUGGUGGUGGUUUCGGUGGUCUUGGUGCUGGUAUUAGUGGCAUUAAUGGUGAUGGUGUUAGUGGUCUUGGUGGUGGAAUUGGUGACAGUGUUGGUGUUGGUGGUCUUGGUGGUGGUAUUGGUGGCAUUGGUGAUGGUGUUUGCGGUCUUAGUGGCAUUGGUGGUGGUUUACAAGAUGUCUCCCCAAAUAAAAUAAAUUGA